AUGAGAGGCUUGUCGAUAAGGCGCUAUGCUCGCGCGCAGCAUAAACUGUGCUGUGGCGAUUCCCUUGACUUCAAUUUGUUUGUUUUGAUCGAAGCUAACUCACGUUUUAUAGGUACCUAUCAAAAUGGCAAUGAAAGAAUAUCUCCAGUGGCUGCCUCCACCGCGGUCUUUGUUGGCGCUGCUACUGGCUGUGAUCGGAUUCAGUGGCAGAUUGUUUGCUGCCCACCCUUUAAGUACGAACGAGCUGAUGAAGGCGCUGGUCGUGAGGGCAGGCUAAGGAACACCUUUGGCUGGGCACGCAUUGAAGUUCUGGGCAGGCUUUCAGUUCACGUACUCUUUGCAUCCUUCUCCCUCGCUUUGGUCGUGAAUGCUCUGCAACUCGGCGUCCACUCUUCACACGUCCAGCCUCCACGAUACCCGAGGGUUUUACUGGGGACUGGUGUUAUUGGAUUACUACUGAAUGCCGUUAACUAUUUGUUAUUAGCAGGUCGCGAACUUAGUUACAGUAGAAGACUGAGUGUGACGGAAAGUGGCGGUGUCGUCCUUAAAUCUGGAUCAAAAGAGCCCGUUCUUGCUCAUGCGCCCAGUGACAUCGCUAGUAGCCUGUUUGUAAUGGGGGCUGGACUAACGUUGGAGUGGGAACCCGGCGUUGCUGGCGUUGCAGAUCCAGCGCUUUCAGCCGUUGCUGCUGUUCUCCUAGUCACUAUUAACUAUCCUUUUAUGAGAUCUGCUGGCCUGGUGCUUCUUCAGACAGUGCCUGAGGGUCUUGGAGCUUGUGAUCUGCGCACAGCGGCUCUCCAGGUCCCAGGUGUAUUGGCCAUUCACGAGCUCCAUGUGUGGCAGUUGCAUCAGGAUCGCCUUGUUGCAACAGCCCAUGUGUCAUACAACUCUGAAGAGGAUUUCAUGAAGAGUUCAAAUCUCGUUAGUGACGUAUUCAAGCGGCACGGAAUCAGCUUAGUUACUCUGCAGCCUGAGUUUUGUCUCGCCUCACUACAAGCAUCAAACGAUGAGAGGAAGCUCCUAAUAGAAUUAGCUAACGCGUCCUGUCCAUGCCCAUGCGCAAAAGAUUGCACGGCACCUCGGUGUUGCGCUGCUCCACGAAAAUGCUCUGUAACUAGGAUUUAA